AUGACCAUCAGCAGCAAUAACACGAACUCACUCCCAACAACAGUCUACAGUAUGAUCGGGUCGACCAGUGUGGGUCCUAUCACGUGGGAUGACGCCACGUGGAUUCUAACCAGCUCCUUCAUCAUUUUUACCAUGCAGUCAGGGUUUGGUUUGCUAGAGGCUGGCUGUAUUUCCAGUAAGAACGAGGUCAACAUCAUGAUGAAGAACGCUGUGGAUGUUGUGUUCGGGGGACUGUCCUACUGGAUGUUUGGCUUCGGUCUCAGCUUUGGAGUAGGCGAGUACUCUAACCCUUUCUGCGGAAUUGGCUACUUUUUCGUGGAUACCUCAGAUGACCAGAUGGGAAUCCUUUUUUCUACCUUUGUGUUCCAAAUGUCAUUCGCCACUACCGCAACCACUAUCGUCUCGGGAGCCAUGGCGGAAAGAACAAAGUUAACGUCUUACGUUAUAUUCUCUUUCUUCAACACUUUGAUUUAUUGCAUUCCGGCUCACUGGGAAUGGGCCGCCAAUGGGUUUCUACGAACACUGGGUGUGGUUGACGUGGCAGGCGCAGGUGCCGUCCAUCUGGUAGGGGGCGUUUCUGCAUUAAUGGCGACCCUCAUUCUCAAACCGAGACUGGGACGUUAUGACAAUGGAAUCAAGCCACUUUCUCUAGGAAAUCCUGUCAGUGCGUUAAUUGGGAUGUUCAUGCUCUGGUGGGGUUGGUUAGCUUUUAACUGUGGAAGUACCUUCGGAAUAUCGGGAGGCAAAUGGAAAUUGGCGGCAAAGUCGGCGGUGGUAACUUUAAACGGAUCCAUAGGUGGCGGAACGAUUGGUAUCCUCAUUUCAUUUAUACGAUUCAAAGGAAAAUACGACGUCAGUUACACGGUGAACUCUGUUUUGGGUGCCCUUGUUUCCAUUACGGGUGUAUGCGCAGUGGCUCGGCCGUGGGAGGCGCUUGUGAUUGGGGGCAUAGGUGGCGCUUUGUCUCUGCUGUCUGUGCAUGUUUUAGACAAACUGAAGAUUGAUGAUCCAGUCGGAGCUAGCUCCGUACAUGGAACCUGUGGUAUAUGGAGUCUGCUGUCCGUAGGCUUGUUUGCCACAUUUGAUCCGUUAGAGAACACCACCAUGGGACGAAGUGGCGUUUUCCAAGGUGGCGGUUUCUACCUGCUGGGAGUUCAGAUGUUGGCGAUUGUCGUCAUCAUUGUGUGGAGUUCUGUGUUAUCCCUGGUAAUGCUCCUGAUUCUGAAAUUCACCGUUGGACUGAGAUUGACUGUUGAACAAGAACUCGCGGGCGCAGACUUUUCAGAGCAUAUGAUUGGUCAUGAUACCAUGGUAACGCACAUGAUCAAAGAUUAUGUACAACAAGCACAAGAUGCUCGCGAAGAAACACCGCUGUCUGUAAUUUCAGGAAGGAUUGAAAAUGGCAUAGAAAAGGAAAGAAAUACCGAAAACAAGAAAGCGAAAGACAAGAACAAAUUUGUGAAAAUUCGUAGGGGGUCCUGCAUUUCACGACUAUCCUACCAAAUAUCCAGGAGUGUGCUGAUACAACACGACAAGGUGACUCCCCUAACUAGUAACGAGAUCCCGGGUCAACCGGAUGGACCCUGCUAAUUGAAAAUGCAAAGGCUGUGUAAAUAUCAAAUAAUGAACAUUUUCCAGAACUAGACAUGUUAAUUAUGAUAAUUAGUGUAUAUGUCGUCACGUGUAGUGCUCCUUACACUUCAUCGACUGCUCGUUCUGUUGAUUCUGUAGAAUUUUUAAAAUUAAGUUAUUCAAUGCUUGUGUGCAGGUCCUAAAAAGGGGAGUCAGUUCAGAAGAAAGAAAUUCUCGGAGGAAAUUUGAAAACUCACUAAAGAGAAUGUAUUGCCCUCCUUUUCUACUGCCUUUCAGUUUGCUUCUUAAGGGCUUAGUAAAUGUCUUAAUCAUAUCGUACGGAAAAGGAAGUAGUAAACUAUUUAACUUGAAGUGAAAGGACUGCGUUUCAGCUAUCGUCAGUUAUCUACAGAGUGCUUCUCAUCGAUUUUCUUCAAUGGAGCGUGUGUGACUCAAAACCAUGGUUUGCAAUGAUGCGUUUCAGCCUGAGGAUAACGUGUUACUGCUGAUGAAUGGCUAGUAAAUCUGAAGCUUUCUUUGGAGAGCAGCAUACUUUUUAAAUAAUCAAUACAUGCAACUCGUUCAGUCAUGAGAGAGUCUUCUUUUUUAGUGGUGCCCUUCCAUUUCAGAGCUCGUUGCUGUGAUAUUCAACAAUCUUCAUAUUGUUGUUGUGCACUCGCUCUGCAGAACUUUGGUUUCAGGUUUCCUGAAACUACUUAGUCCCUGCCAGCCUGUCGUUUAAUAUGUCCGGUUUCCUUACAAACUGUAUAUUCAUUGUUGCCCAAUAAAA